ACCAGAUUAUUUAUUUUUCUUUUCAUGUAUCAGAAAGCUCUGGCUUUUUGUUCCACCCACAAGCAAGAACUUUCAUUUCUGAAGAUGCUUUUUGACUGGGACUGAGUUACACAAAUGGCAUCACUGAAGAAACCUUCCACUCAGCCGAGACAAUUUCGUCCCUCAGCAUCUCUGGAUGUUCCCACAAUCUUCAUAACGGCCUGUAAGGAUAACAAUUACUUUCCUCUUCUUUUAGAGCCCUGAACCUCAACGGUCCGCUCCAGCUCUGGCUUCACCCUGCACCGCCCACACCGGCUCCUCACUCGCGCAUGGGCGGCGAUCGCCGGAAAAGAGACCCCGGGAGAUGCCCCGGUGGACAACAUGGCGGCGCCUCGGUAGGCAUGGCGUCCGCGCGGUCACGUGAGGAAAGAGGUGUUGUCACGUGCUGCCGCCGGAGUCACGUGCUCAGCCGCCGGUGGUCUCCAUGCGGGCGGUCAGGUCCGUGUGCGGAGCAGAGCGGAACGCCGCUAUGGAAACGUGCUCACCUCUGCUGCUCCUCUUCCUCCUCGCGCUUCUGCCGCCGGGCCGCGGCGCGCCCGCCGCUCGGCCGGCGGGACCCGGCCUGGAGGAGCGGCUCUUCCCGCAGGUGCGGGACCACUUCCGCUUCGAGGCCGGCGGCAACGAGACCUUCCCGCAGCGGUUCCUGCUGUCAGCAAAGUUCUGGAAGAAAGGAUUUGGACCAAUCUUCUUCUAUACUGGCAAUGAAGGUGACAUCUGGACUUUUGCUGAGAACUCAGACUUCAUAUUUGAAUUAGCAGAGCAGCAGCAAGCUCUUGUGAUUUUUGCUGAGCACAGGUACUAUGGGAAAUCUCUUCCAUUUGGACUUGAGUCAAUGCAGAUAAAGAAUACUCAUCUGCUCACUGUGGAACAAGCCCUCGCUGACUACGCAGUGCUAAUUACUGAGCUUAAGCAGCAGUAUGGAGCUGCAGGCUGCCCUGUCAUUGCUUUUGGAGGCAGCUAUGGAGGAAUGCUGAGUGCUUACAUGAGGAUGAAAUACCCAAAUGUUGUGGAUGGGGCAUUAGCUGCCAGUGCUCCUGUGCUGUCUGUGGCUGGGCUUGGAGAUCCCACUCAGUUCUUCAGAGAUGUAACAGCAGAUUUUCAGAAGUCCAUCCCAGGCUGUGUCACUGCUGUCCGCAGAGCCUUCCAGCAGAUCAGAGAUCUGUUCCUGAGGGGAGCUUAUGAUGAAAUCAGCAGCAAAAUGGCCACAUGCAACAAGAUUUUUAGCAAGGAGGAUGUUUACCAGCUUUUUGGGUUUGCUAGAAAUGCCUUCACCAUGACUGCCAUGAUGGACUACCCUUACAAGACUGAUUUUAUGGGGCACCUCCCUGCUAAUCCAGUGAAGGUUGGCUGUGAACAAAUCCUUGCCCACACAGAUCCAAUUCAAGGCCUGGCAGCUCUUGUUGGGGUGUUCUACAACUCCUCCGGCUCACUGCAGUGCUAUGAUGUGUACCAGCUGUACCGGCCCUGCGCUGACCCCACAGGCUGUGGCACUGGUGCGGAUGCUGAGGCCUGGGACUACCAGGUGUGUACCGAGAUCAACUUAACUUUCAACAGCAACAACGUGACAGACAUGUUCCCUGAGAUGCCCUUCACAGAGGCCAUGAGAGAACAGUACUGUUGGAGCCGAUGGCGAGUGAGGCCCCGAGCGCGGUGGCUGCAGAUCAACUUCUGGGGAGGAGACCUGAAAAGUGCAAGCAAUAUCAUCUUUUCAAAUGGAGACUUGGACCCGUGGGCUGGAGGUGGGAUAAACAGCAGCCUGAGUCCUUCACUGACUGCUGUGACCAUUCAGGGAGGUGCUCAUCACCUGGAUCUGCGGGGCCGCAACCCAGCUGACCCUCCAUCUGUCAUAGAGGCACGCAAGUUAGAAGCGAGCAUCAUCAGCAGCUGGGUGAAAUCUGCAAGGAUGGAAAGAGCAUGGGAGCAGCGCUCCCGAGCACCAGCUGGUAGCUGGCAGUGAGUGCAGCCAUGGGAGCCAUGCUCAGGUGCUGCUGGGCUGCCCGAGGCAGCAGAGUUCUGCUUCUGGAGAAGGUGUUGCCUCCUCUGGUAAUGGAAAUUCAAGCAGCAGCAGCAAAAAAUCAAAAAGCCAAGUUACUGACUGAAGUCAAAAUCAUGUUGCAUGGGUUUCAUGCUUACCUGCUCAUAAUGGGAAGAUAGUUGAAAUGGUGAAACAAUAAAAAUUUUCCUGAAGGCUCAGGAGUCAUUGCUGUCCUGAAGAAUGUGUUGGGUAGGAUGAAGGUAAAUUAUUAAUCAUCCCCUUUUUAUUUUCUCUGUCUAGAGGAAAAGUGGAGGUAUGGUCAUUAUAUACAUGGCUUCACAGGUGACCAACUGCACAAAUCACAGAAUUACAGAAUUGUAGGGGUUGGGAGGGACCACUGAUGAUCCCUGUUUGAUCCUACAGCAGGUUCCUUUGAAGCAGGCUGCACUGGAAAACAUCCAGGCAGGUUUGUCUGUGCCCAUCUCCCCUUGUUCUAUCACUGAGCAGAGCCUGGCCACAUCCACUUACUUGACUCCUGCCCGUUAGAUACUUAUAGUUAUUGAUCAGAUCCCCUCUCCCCUUCCCUCUUGCAGCUGAACAGCCCUGGGGUUCUCAACCUUUUCCCAUCAGGAGGUGCUCCAGGCCCCCACCAUCUCUGCACCCUGUGCUGGCUCUGUGCAGUAGUUUGGUCUGCCUGGAGCUGGGGAGCCCAGCACUGCACACACUGCUCCAGUCUCACAUGCUCAGCUCCAUUCAGUGCUAUGGGUUUUGAUGUUAUCUUUUUCUGUUGUUUCUUAAGAGACAUAAGAAAAUAAGAAGACACAAGAUCUGCUUGGUGAGCAAUUGAUUUGCAGAAAUCCUGUUUUGUCCCACCAUCCCUCAGAAGCCACAUACUAGUGAGUAUAAGCACAAUUAUACUUGAGACAGCUUCAUCUCUUUAAAAUAAAUAACAAGUUUAUUUAAGUGUGUGACAAUUUCAUGUCUUGGUAAGUAUAACCAAAGAUGACAAAAAAGGAUUGUUUUGAUUUUUUUAAAGUGGAGCAAACUAUCUGUGCACUUCAACGGGUAGAUUCUCACCUACUCAAUGUACUGUGUGCCAGUAAAUACCAGCAGAACUGUAAAAAUACAUGUUUUGGUCAUCAGUUGGAUGCCUCAUUUCAUCAGUGUUGCAGUGCUUUUAUGAGUUUUAUGAGUGGAGAAGCCUCACUGCUUACCACAGGCUUGCACUGCUUACACAGUCACAGCAUUGCUCCAACUUACAUCAUGUAGCUUAAACACAAGUAUUUGCACUGCCAGGUCCUCCCUGCUGUCACAGUACACUGGUUCCCAGAGUUAGACUAUUGGUCACUGUUAUUUCACAAUACUGAGGUACUGAUAAAAGGUCUAUGUUUUGUCUUCAUUGCUGUUGCGUUUUUGCAUACAACCAACUUACCUCUUCCCUGUUCUUAAGCUCAAAAGGACAAAGCUUCUCUUUGAUGGGUACAGAGAGGAAGAAUAGGAUCUAUGGCCUAUUCAUCAAAUUAUUCAGAUAUUUACAAAUGGAUAGGAACAUACGGAAGACCUGAUUAGGCAAACUCCAGCCCCAAACAGAGAGGCUUUAUGACUGUUAAUACAACUACAACCUCAGUAAGAAUUUUUUUUCCCCUUGUGCUGUAGGAAAGUCUGCUACCUCUGCUAGGAUCUGUCAGCAUGCCUUUGGCUUACACUGAAGUCAGGCUUCAGGUUGUCUUGCUGAAAUUAUGGCUCAAACAGCUCUGCCACCUCCAGCCACACUGAGCUGGAGUCUGGCAUUCUCCCUCCAUACACACAGACCCCAGCUUUUGCACUGAGAUUUGCUCUACCCUAGCAAUUGUUCAAGAUUAGCACCACAUAAGAAAGGCAUAUAGCAGCAGGUGUCUGUGCAGACAGAGGAUCACAUCUUGCCUGUACUGCCUUUGUCUCUGCCUUACCGCAGCUCCCAGCAAGCAGACACUCUAAACCAAGCCAGCAAUGCAUUACAGCAGCCAAGUUCAAUAUCAGUCUUUUGGGUCUGCAAUUUACCACCUUUGGACAGUUGCUUGCUUUGAGCCUUCCCAUUAACAGGUUCCCAAGGUGUCUUCUGACCUUCCAGAGGAAUACAAGUUCUUUAAGUCUUACAGUGGACUACGUGAAUCCCUCAGUUUCCUUCUGCAGACAGUACUUGCCCCAAAGGAAUCCAGUGUGAGGGAUAUACAUGAAGUGUUAUAUAAAUAAUUUUUAAAGUCUUCAAGAGCAGAACUGCCACAAACUGUUCAAACAUGGCAGUUGCAAGAAAUCCUUUAUGCAUCCCUUAUCUCUGCAACAUCACACUAUGGAAUAGGAAAGAAAGCUGAUGGCUUGUAUUUGGAGGUGCAAACACUGCAGCGUUUGAGCUUGGCAUGCAGUGCUGAGAACCUCACAAUCAGAAAGCGGUGUGAAACAUGAAAGCUCCCCAUAAGCCAAUGCCAUGGACUUUGCCAACCUGCCAGUUUCCAUGCCUGGUAUGGAAAGUUCCAUGCUCAAGAAGGUUGAACAGAUUAGAUGCUAAAUGUGCCUGCAUCCAGAUACUGAAUUUUCUUUGAGCAAACAGGUUAAAUUGCAAGCAGGAUGCUUCCAGCCCUACACCUGAGGGUCUUGCUGACUGUCUUACCCAUCCAUUUCUCAGUGAAUGGUACAGCUAGGAAGGGCUGGACUUUUUUGCUUUAUUUUUAUUAGAAAAGGCACUCAAGCUCUUGGAGAGAAACCAAGGCAGCUCUUUGUGCAAAAGGAGAAAAUCUUGGCUUGAAGUAAUAACUUUUCCCUGACGUUCAAUCUGAUCACCAGAAGCACACCACAGUGUCAAAACCCCAAAGUGGAUUACAGACCCCCAAAGUUAAGGCUUUGGUUCAAAGAAGCGCAAGAGUACAACCCCACACCAUGGGGGAAAAAUAAGAAUUUAAAGGUGUGCAAAGUUUCUGUUGGGCUUCAGCAAGGGUAGCAGAGAGACAUGAAUAGGAGAAGUAAGAAGGGCAACGUUCAUAGGCUGACAACACAUUAUGCUAAAGAAGCAAAAUAAAUAAGCAAUUUAAAGGACCUUUGCAAAAGAACAGGAAGAAGCAAAUGAGCUCUUAUCAGAUUAUUUAGGUUUGUGCUAUUUCAUACAUGAUAGAGAAGUCAAACAUUUGCUUUCUAAACUAAACAGAGCUGAGCAAUCUUCAUAUUUAAGGGAUGUGUUCAGUAGAGACACUUUGCAAAGAAGGAAUUUUCCCAGGAAGAAUUUGAUUGAGCGGAAAUGACCUGGACCAGCAAACUCAACUAUGAGAAGAAGUGUGUUUGGAAAAGUGCAUGUUUAUUCUUCCUUCCUCUCAUUCUGCAAUGGAUUAGCAUUACCCUCACACGAGACAAAAGAAAAUUAGUUGUAGAGUUAACUACACUAAGAUUCGUACAAGAUUCCACCAACUUACUUCUGGCAAGCUCUUCAAUGCAUUCCACAUCGUAAGAAUUAUCUUCAUUUCCUCUGUGGGGUUUGCCCCAUAGGUGAAACACCUCUUCUGGAAUUUGUAUCUUUCAUUGCAAAAAUCUGCAGUUCAGGGAUCACUAGGAGCUGCAGCAGGAGGCACAAGGCCAAGCAACACCUUCCAAAGUUACUGCUGUCCUUGGAGCAGGAGGAACAUGAACCUUCUGCACAGGUUUGUCCUGUCUAGGAAAUCUCAGGGUCCCUUUGCUGACAGAAAAAAAGGUGCAUUCAUGUAAUUUGCACCAUUUCCCCACCCCCAGAAGUCAUCAUUACUACCUGGAAUGAUAAAUGUUCUUUAAAGGACUUUGAGAGUGGUCCAAUGGGCAAGUUCUGAAUCCAGUAAACAGAACUGGUCAGCACAGAAUAAAGCACUAUUUUACUUACAAAUCAAAGGUUACAAAGACUAUAAAACACACAUACACCCAAACUGCUGGAAAUUAACCACUGGAGUCAGAUUAGAUUAGUUCUGUUUUGAAGCCCUCAGUUAUGAGGGGACUGUAUCUCACGCCCACCGCCACACACCUGCAUAAUACCCACUGCUCCCAUUAAUUCAUCAGAGAAGAAAAAGGGACAUUUUGGCAAGAAGGAUCUCUUUAAAAAAAAAACGCAAACGAGCACACUUCUGAGAUUGGUGAAUAUAAGAGUGUCCAUACAGUUACAAAAUCAAAAGAUAGAAAGCUACAGAAUGCUGAAUUUGGAAAUCAGUGUUUUUCUGUUUCAUGGUUUAAAACCUAUCUUGCACAUGUAAAAACAAAAGGUCCAAAGGCUCCCAUAGGAUUCUUUAAGAAGCAAGCCUAGCUCUGCUUUCUUUUCAAACUGAAUAGAAUUAAUUAAUUAAUUAAUGGGACCAGAAAUUGUCAGAACACAUGGAGACUGUCUGCUUGUAGCGCUCCUCAUGGAAAUACUUCUACCCAAAGUACUCCUAUCAAAAAAAAAAA